UGAGCAGUCGCUUCCACUCAACACCCACCACCCUUGUCUCGCUCUUUAACAAGCGAGAAGACCCCUAAGGGAUAAAAUUACAUGAAGAUUCCCAUGAGACCCCUUCUAUAUCUCCUCCUCCUCUCAUUCCUUCCAUCCAAUUCUCUUCAGGCGAGAUUGGCAACAUCAUCGCCGUCUCUCCCCUUGUCGACGAGCUCGCGAUGGAUCGUGGACGGGAACGGCCGGCGGGUGAAGCUGGCCUGCGUCAACUGGGCGGCGCACCUGGAGGCGGCGGCGGCGGAGGGGCUGGGGAAGCAGCCACUCGACACCAUCUCACGGCGAGUAGUCGCUCUGGGCUUCAACUGUGUCCGUCUCACCUGGCCACUCUACCUCCUCACCAACGCCUCUCUCGGCUCCCUCCCCCUUCGCGCCUCCCUCGCCGGCCUCGGCCUCCUCGAGUCCGCCGCCGCCGUCGCCGUCAACAACCCAGCGCUGCUGGAUCUCCCUCUCCUCCAGGCCUUUCAGGCUGUGGUGUCAAAUCUGGCCAGCAACAACAUAAUGGUCAUACUGGACAAUCAAAUAAGCAAGCCUGGGUGGUGCUGCAGCAAAUUUGAUGAAAAUGGCUUCUUUGGAGACAAAUACUUUGAUCCUGAUGAAUGGUUACGGGGCCUAACAAUGAUGGCAACAAUGUUCAACAGUUCGGCCAAUGUGGUUGGCAUGAGCUUGAGGAAUGAGCUCCGCGGCCCCAAGCAGAAUAUUAGCCUUUGGUACAGGUACAUGCAAAUAGGUGCAGAGGCAGUGCAUGCAGCAAAUCCUGAUCUUUUAAUUAUACUAUCAGGGUUAGACUAUGAUAAAGAUCUCAGCUUCUUAUCUGAGAAGCAAGUGAAAUUAACAUUCACAGACAAGGUUGUUUUCGAGCUACAUUGGUACGGGUUCUCAGAUGGUGGCGAUUGGGAGAAUGGGAACCCUAAUGAAGUCUGUGGAAGUGUAGUGGAUAACAUGACGAAGAAUGGAGGCUUCCUAUUAGAACAAGGGUGGCCAUUGUUCCUCUCUGAAUUUGGGGUGGAUCAAAGUGGAAGGAAUAUGGCUGACAACCGCUUCUUGAGCUGCUUCCUAAGUGUGGCAGCUGAACUGGAUCUGGAUUGGGCUCUGUGGGCAUUGCAAGGGAGUUACUAUAUUAGAGAGGGGCAACUGGGAUAUGAUGAGACCUAUGGUGUGCUUGGCUGGGAUUGGUGUAAGGCCAGGAAUUCAAGUUUUGUAAAUAGAAUUGCUGCUCUACAAGCUCCCUUCCAAGGACCUGGUCUAUCCAAUAAUUCUCCAUACGAUAUAAUCUUCCAUCCAUUAACUGGACUUUGUGUUGUAAAAAAGUCUUCAUCAAAGAACCUGCUUGAGUUAGGCCUGUGUGCAAAUUCAGAAGCCUGGAACUACACAGCAGAGCAGAAUGUAAUGCUAGAAGGCACAAAAUACUGCAUGCUAGCCAAAGGCGCAGGUCGGCGGGCAAGGCUUGGAACUGGUUGUGGUGGCUCCAAUUCAAUUUGGGAACUAAUUUCAGACUCCAGGAUGCAUGUUUCAUCCAAGCUUCCCAAAAAUGGCAGCACUGUAUGUUUGGAUAUCAGCCAGGACGGUACUAUCAUAACUAAUUUGUGCAAGUGCCUAAGCCAGGAUGGGACAUGCAAUCCAGAUAGCCAAUGGUUCAAAAUUAUCAGAAGCACUAGAGAAAGAGAGAGCCAAACUACUCAUUUAAAAUUACCCUCCCAAGCAUAGUCGGCUGGACAAAUCUUUCCAGCAGAAAUGCAAAGAGAUGGGACUUUGCCAACAUGAAAGUGCAACUACAAAUUCAAGGUUUGAAAUUAUUAUUUUUAUUUUAAUGUUAAAUGGUCUGCUUGACGUGAAUUAAUUAUUUGGAAAUAAUGAUUUGUAAAGAAUUCAUCAUAUAUCGGAUAUAUCUUAUUUUAUGAUGAAAUCAGCAAAUACAUACCUUAUAAGAGUUGAGUA